UUUCCUAGAUCCGCCCCUGACUGUGGCCCCUAGGUCGCAUUUUGCCCCCCCACCCUGGUCAACCCGGUGAAAUAAUGCAGCUUUUAUUUUGAAAAGCGUCAGUGAAGUUUAUUCUGUGCAGCUGGAGGUCGUUGUUAUCAGGAUCUGCUUUCUGCAGCAGAUGAGCGGCUCUGGCUGCUGCUCUGCUAUUGGCUCCUCAGCAUCGGAAGGCUGAGUCAGCUGGGCGGAGGACGGCAGCAUGCGGCUCAGGAACCCAGCCGGAGCAGAACCGGAGUGAAACCGGAGCAGAACCCCGAUGAGGAGAUUGGCCGAUCACCUGUCGGCGCCUCACAGGAAGCGCUGAGCGUCAUGGUGGCCGGGGAGCUCGUGCAGGAGCAUGUGCGCGCGGACACCGGCGCACCUGACGACAUCAUAGCGGAAAGGAAGAGCCCCCAGCCGCAGGGCGCGCGGCCGGCAGCCGAUCCCUGCCCGGAUCCGGACCCGGAACCCGGGGCGCAGGAGGGGCCGCCGGAUGAAAGAGCCGCGAUGCUUCCGAGCGCCGGAGGAGGAAGAGGAGAGGAGGAGGAGGAUGAAGGCAGGGCGCUGCAGACCAGGCUGUACCGGCGGCGCUUCGCGGUGCUGAUGGUGUUCAGCCUUUACUCCCUGAUGAACGCCUUCCAGUGGAUCCAUUACAGCAUCAUCGCCAACGUCUUCACGCGCUACUACAACGUCACCAACGACAGGGUGGACUGGCUGUCCAUCGUCUACAUGGUGGCCUACAUCCCGCUCAUCUUCCCGGCCACCUGGCUGCUGGAGCGCAGAGGUCUGCGGCUCACCGCGCUGCUGGGCUCCGGCCUCAACUGCGCAGGCGCCUGGCUGAAGUGCGCGAGCGUCAGUCCGACGCGCUUCUGGGUCACCGUCACCGCGCAGGUCAUCUGCUCCGUGGCGCAGGUCUUCAUCCUCGGCCUGCCGUCCCGCAUCGCCUCGGUGUGGUUCGGACCGCGGGAGGUGUCCACCGCGUGCGCCACGGCGGUGCUGGGGAACCAGCUGGGCACGGCCAUCGGCUUCCUCCUGCCGCCGGUUCUGGUUCCCACCACUCCUGAUGAUCCGGAACUAACAGGUCACCACAUCAGCAUCAUGUUCUAUGGAACAGCUGCCGUCUCCACGGGCCUCUUCAUCCUCGCCCUUCUAGUGAUAAAAGACAGACCUCCUCUCCCUCCCAGCCAGGCCCAGGCCGUCCUCCCAGGCUCCCUGCUGGACACAUACUCCUACAAACGCUCCAUCAUCAACCUGAUAAAGAACAAGGCCUUUGUUCUGCUGCUGGUCAGCUACGGAAUCCUGACCGGCUCCUUCUACUCCGUCUCCACGCUGCUCAACCAGAUGAUCAUGUCCUACUAUCAGCUGGAUGUUAGCCAAUCACAGCUACAGAUCACCACUCUGAUCGUUUACAUCCUCUCCUUUCUCGGGAUGCUGAUCUUCACCUUCACCCUGAACCUGGACAACAUCUACUUGGUCUUCUUCACUGCUGGAGUCCUCGGGUUCUUCAUGACGGGUUACCUUCCUCUGGGCUUUGAGUUCGGAGUGGAGAUCACGUAUCCAGAGUCUGAGGGAACGUCUUCAGGGCUCCUCAAUGCUUUCGCUCAGAUCUUCGGCAUCAUCUUCACCCUGAUUCAGGGCAGACUGACCACAGACUUUGAUCCGCUGGCUGGGAACCUUUUCCUGUCCGCCUGGAUCUUGGUGGGAGUGGUUCUCACUGCUUUGAUCAAGUCUGACCUGAAGCGGCACAACGUCAACAUGGCGACGGAGGGCCGGCCGCUUCCCUCGGGGGGGCCCGGCGGCUGUCCUGCAGAGACCAAAACCAACGGAGUCCAGCUGGCGCCUUCCCUCAGCUUCACCAGAGAGACGUCUCUGUGACCGCGGGCCGCAGGAGCGUCGCCGUAGCUCCCGUUGCCAUGGAUGCUGCUCUGACAGAGAACAUUCCUCAUCGCCUCGGUGUUUCCCUCUGAGGGGAUGGAAGCUGCUCGUUAAGCUCCUCCACCAGAACCGGGUCCAUCCAGACUGGAUCCAGGCAGA